CUUGAAAUCUUCCAUCCACAACACCUACCCUGGUGGCUCGGUCUUGAGUCAAAAUUGAGCAACACCCCCAUGGCUUGACGCCCAAGUAGCUAGUGUCACUCACUGCUAAUUUUAUCCCUCUUCCAUUGCACCACUUGAGCUCUGAGUCAAGGUGGUUUGCAAUCAAUGGAUAUCCUCGUCUCUGCAAUCGUAGGUGACUUCAUCAGCAGGUCUGCAUCGUUCAUGAUCAGCAAAUACUUCCAGCAGCAGCCUGACCUCAACAAGAUUCAACAGAGGCUACAGAGAGUCCUACUGAGAAUCGACAUCAUCGCCGAGGAGGCCGAAGCGCGGGACAUCACCAACCAGGGGAUGCUCCGUCAGCUCAAGAUGUUGAGGCAAGGAAUGUACAGAGGCCGCUAUGUUCUUGAUGCCUUGAGAUUCCAAGCGGCCCUCGACGAGGAGGUAAGCCACUCAUCAUCUGCGCUCUGUAAAUAUAGUCCAGCCAAACGGCUCUGUUUCUCUCGCGCCGGCAGUGGCAGCAGCAACAGAGAAGCGCUGUUGUUUGGCACAAACAGCAACAUGAGGGAAGAGCUGCAACGGAUGGUUGAUACCCUUGAAGAGACCGUUUCUGGCAUGAAGGAGUUUAUUUUCUUCUUGGAGUCAUAUCCCCGGAUACACCGCCAACCUUAUGGCACAUAUUUGGUAUUGGACAAUUGCAUGUUUGGUCGGCAAACGGAACGGGAGCGGGUCCUGAAUUUCUUGCUUUGUCCCAGUGCUACUUCAGACUUGGCUGUACUUCCGAUCAUUGGUCCAAGAAGAGUAGGGAAGAGCACCCUUGUUGAGUACAUCUGUAGGGAUGAGAGUGUGCGUGAUGGCUUCUCCAUGAUCAUGUUCUUUCCAGAAGGCAGUCUCAAGGAUGAAGGAGUGGUCGACCUGAAAGGGAACAUUAUGAAUAGUCUAGUCAGACAUGAGAAUUUUGCUUCUCAAAACAGGUUGCUGAUUAUUGUUGAAAUAGCCGAGGGCAUUAGCGAGGAAACACUGAGAAGCCUGAAAUCUUCCGCAACCUUCAUCACACCUUGCGGUGGCUGCAAAAUCAUAAUCACCAGUCGCUCGGAUAGAGUAGUGAAUCUGGGAACAACAGAAGCACUUCGACUGGACUAUCUCUCUCAGGAAGCUUAUUGGCAUUUUUUCAAGUCGCUUGCAUUCGGAAGCAGAAGCCCUGAUGAACAGCCAAAACUGGCAUCGAUGGCCAUGGAGAUCGCUUUGGAACACAAACAGUGUUUCGCAAGCGCGCAUAUCAUUGCUGGGAUGCUGCGAGAUAACUUCAAUGCUCAAUUCUGGAGCACAAUUCUUGAUUGUGUGAGAGCAUUUAAACAGACACAUCUCCUUAUGUUUGGCCAGCACCCAUACCUUCGUAUGCGGGAAGAUGCACCGGUGUAUGGUUGGAGAUUGGCGAGCAGCAGCAAAUAUUUCUUGGUUUGCAACACUUGUCAGUUAGGUUCCAGUGAGGAAGUCCCGAAGAUCAGUGUGCAGGACAUCAUCUUAGGACAUGGUGGUACACUACCACGUGGGCAAUUUGAGGCCCUUGGAUGGAGGUCUCGCAUACCUCCCUACUACAACUACAUGGUAAGCUGUAAGAUGCAAGAACCACAAAUUACUGUGGGAAGGAAGAAGCGCGCGCAUCAGGAGGAAGAACAUUUGAUUUGAAUAACCAUGUUGUCUGUGGCUCACAUCAUAGGAAGUAUUAUUACGCUGCAUCUAGGAGUCCUGCCAAAUUAGUUAAUAACUUAAUAUAUUUCUUGUAGCGUUUGGAUGCUUGUGUUUGGGUCAAGGCAAUGUUCGCAUUGCCGGUUGAAUUAGAAUCCAAGACAAGUCGUAUUUAUAAAGUUGAGCACUUAUUAGUCUCUACGUAUCAUGUGGGUACUCCAUAAAACUAAGCCUUGUGAUAAUCCUUGGACUUGAAGAAAAGGGUAGA